AAUGCGCUGUUGGUCACUAAUCUACUGACCGUUGGGGGCGGGGCUGCGGAUGACGAGUCACUGACGUAGAGAGAGAGAGUGAGAGAGAGAGACUGACCGCCUCCAGAAGGGUGAGGACCGCUCGUGCCUCUCUUUCCUCUCCUGCUCGUGCCAAAAAAUAGAUAACUCCCCUUUAACCGGAUUGCUGUCUGACUGCGCGCGAGCCGGACAGACAUGGAGGCUCCGGGUCUCGGCCGCGGCGUCCCGGCGAGCCCGCGCGAGGGCCUCGUGAAGAACGUGAGCCUGGAGUUGCUCCAGCUGUGCGAGAGAGACGGUAAGGCGGAGGACAGUGGAGUAGUAGAGAUGGAGCUUCCAGUGCCUGUGAACAUCAGGAUCAGUAACAUCACCUGUGACUCCUUCAAGAUCUGCUGGGACAUGGACCCUCGUACCAAAGAGAAAAUCACCCACUACUUCAUCGACCUCAACAAGAAAGAGAACAAAAACUCCAACAAGUUUAAACACAAGGAUGUUCCCACAAAGCUGGUUGCCAAGGCAGUGCCGCUGCCGAUGACAGUGCGAGGCCAUUGGUUCCUGAGCCCGAGAACAGAGUACACGGUUGCUGUGCAAACCGCAUCCAAGCAGAGUGAUGGAGACUACGCUAUUUCUGAGUGGAGCGACAUUGUGGAGUUCUGCACUGCAGAUUACUCCACGGUCCAUUUGACUCAGCUACUUCAGAAGGCUGAGGUCAUUGCUGGCAGAAUGCUCCCUUUCACCGUCUUCUACCGCAAUCAGAACCAAGAGUACUUCGACCACUGCAGAGACUCACAGGGUGGUCGAAUGCUUCCAUCUGUGAAGGACAACAGUGGCAGCCAUGGCUCUCCUUUGAGUGGAAAGCUGGAGGGCAUCUUCUUCAGCUGCAACACCGAGUUUAACACGGGCCAGCCACCACAGGACUCGCCGUACGGUCGCUACCGCUUCCAGAUCCCGGCUGGGGAGCUUUUCACUGCAGACACACGGGCCUACUUUGGCGACUUCUACUGCAUGUAUACGGCCUACCACUACGUCAUCCUGGUCCUGGCACCGCGAGGCUCCCCAGGGGACAUCUACUGCAGCGAGCGCCUGCCUGAGCUCGACGUGACCGAUAACCGCUUCCUGACGCGCGUGUGUGGCCCAGACGGGCGCGUGGAGUUUCGGCAUGCACAAGACGUCAUCCUGGAGAUUAUCUACACAGAUCCUGUGGAGCUGGCACGGGGCAGCGUGGCUCAGAUCAGCGGACAUCAGCUCAUGAGCCUGUCCACCGUCAACGCAAAGAAAGAUCCAAGCUGCAAGGUCUGCAACAUUAGCGUGGGGCGCUAAUGUGGAAAGCUAGCGGACGCACACAAAAUUGAGCUGGACCUAAUGACACACCUCAAGAACUCUUAUCAUUACUCUAACAUUAGCAUGGACUAAGUCAUCACAACAUAAACAGAUUCAUCCCAAACACACUAACCAACUGUGUCCUCACCCUAGAAGCUGCAACAUUAGCAUGGGGCGCUACACAGGCUAGCACUCGUGCACACUCAAGCUGGACUUAUUAACCAGUUACCCUCAUGUCUAAACCUCUAACCUGGACUAACACAUCCACAUCAACUCUCAACAUAAACCUGCUAACUAACUGUAUCCAAACCUCAGAACACACAUAGACACACACACAUACACACAUAAGAGCGGCAAAAUUAGCAUAGGAUGCUAACAACACCAUUACUAUGAGGGACACUAAUACUGUAUCGCAGUCAUUCGCAAAAUUAGAAUGGACCUACUAACUAACUGUUUUCAAGAAAUCUGACCACACACAUCAUUAGAGCUGCAACACUGGUGAGAGAGGUACUAACUAUUAGUAUGCACUGCUAAUACUGCUUAAAACAAGGUUACAGAGUUUAUUAGCGCAGGCUACACUAAACAAAUGCAAACGUACUGUAAAUUAGAGGAAUUUAUUAGCCAAUUGUUGCAACUAUUUUUCCAAAUUUCUGCACAGUGCAUUCUCUUAAAUCCAAUAAUUUAAAGUCAUUUAGAGUACAUUUUGAUCCGAAAUUGUGGUUAAUUGUAGAGAAACAUGCCAACUCUUAAUUUCUUUACAGUGGUGGGGAAUGGAAAAGUGUGGUAUAACUACAACACAAAUAAAAUAUAGCUGUUUUAUUUAGCUAAGUUUUGAAGAUAUAAACUGCUGAUGUAAAAUAGUAAAAAAAUGAGAAAAACUGUCUGGUAAACUAUUGUUAACACCUGUUUUCCUGCAUGUCUCCCUACACCAUAAUUGGAUUUAAACAUACAGUACAUUCUAUACAUAACACAAGAAUCACAAAAAUACCCUGUUUACACCUGGUCUCUUCAUUGUACUAGUAUGUAAAUAGUACUCUGAUACAAUUUUAGUCACAUGUAUAUACACUUGGACAGGUCUCUGGUUAGUAGAACUGAAUCCUGAUUGCUGUAUUGGACAGAAUAUGCAAAUUUGCUUGCUGUGUAGCAGUUAUUACUGAUGCAUCUUAGAUCACCUGAAGUGAUUUAUUUAAAUGAUUGGUUUUGUAUCUGUUUUAAAUGUGCCUUGAGUGUGUUUAGACUUUUUCAGAUAUGCAGAAAGGGACCAGGUGUAAAUGGGAUUAAAGUACAAAAAAGGAUUCAGAUUUGGAACAUUUUAGGGCCUGUUCACACGCAAAACUUGGUGCUACAAAAUCUCAAUUUGGGCUGAGGACUCGAUACAAAGAAAAUGGGAGACUCUCAUCGUAAAGGGUGCUGCCUCCUCCAGCCUCCAGAAAUCGAAUCAUAAGCGCUCACAGGAGAUGCAUUUAAAAUACCAGGUAUGAAAGACUAUGAGUUUUGGCAGUAAUUUGUGAUCAGAUCAACCAGAACCCAUGUUAAUGCAGGAUAAUGAAUGGGGUUCUAGCCUCAGGCAUCAGGGAGUGCACUCUCAACCACUUGGUUUAAAAACUGGAGCUAUUAAAGGUUCAGACAUCUGUCUCCAUUCACCAUCACUGUAAACAAUUCUGAAUGGGAGUGUUUAAAAUCACAAAUUCUGGAAAAAAGAUGGAUUUUGGGAAUAUCAACCUGUUUUUUUUUUUGUGUAAAGAUGAAUACCUUAUCUAAAAUGAAACUUCAAUGUAAUUGCAAUUUUAAAAUCCCACACACACCUAAAACAUUUAACUUUAGCUUGGUUUGCUAGCCUUGGCUGUCAGAAGCUGACAUAUAACCUAAAUUUAUGUAAAUGUAGAGAUUUCACCUUUAUUAUAGCACAGCUACAAUUUGUUAUUAUUAAUAAAAUUUUAAGGAAAAAAUAUUAAUAUUAAGAAACACAACAGAAUAGAAACCUGAUUUCUGAUUUCUAACAUUACGCUACAUAACAUGGACCCACACACAGAAACACAGCUUGUUCAUGCUGAUGUUUUCCAACCCCCUUAAUUCUGCCACAUCCUCAAGACCCCCCUCCUGCUAGCUACCGGCUAUCCGGUUAGCUGUUUUGGUUCAGACUGCAAACCAACGCUGAAGAACUUCUGAAUGGACUCCAAAAGGAGAACACCAGUGAUGCCGUGGCCCAGAAAGUUUAUAAGAAGAGAAAUAAAUGAAGGACACCACACAUAUCAUUCCUGGAUGCUUCUGUUUCACAUUGUGUGUCUUAAUGGGCUCCAAGUCGAGGCCUUUAACCUACGGACGUUACUGAAGCCAACUGUUCCGUUCCUGCCUGCUCCCAAAAUCCUCUCUGCAAAAACGGAAAAGAAGUGAAGAAGAGUAGAAAGAAUGCAACUUUAAAACCAUCUUUUAUCACCCCUGUCCUGACUGUAAGCCACUUAUAUUCUUUAAAAAAAAAAGAGAAAAGAGAAGAAAGAAAACAGACAACCUGGAUCUGAAUAAAACUCAGCCUUAUCUGUUCAUCUUCACUACCUGCUUAAGUUUAACUCAGAUUUUAUCAGGUAAUAAUGUUUUUUUUCAAGCUUUAUCUGGAAACAAACAAACAAAAAAUAUUGAUUGAAGUCUCUCCAUUAUUAAUAUAGUGAAAAACAGGGCUUGCAGUAGAAUUCUACUUUGAUUCUGCUAAUUUCUUCCAUACUUUAGUGUAUGAGAUGUCAAUAGAGUCAUUCAGAGUGGAGGUUUGAUGUGAAACUGUGCUUUCAACAACACUAAUAUAGCCAUGGACUGCUGAAGCACUGCAGAAAAUGUCUUCUUAGCAAUCUUAGCAAGUGAAAUGGUAUUAAAUAUAGUCUCAUAAUAUCUAAUAUAUCUUAUUUUAAUACUUGUAGUAAUAUCCUAAGAAUCAAUGUGUUAUUUCUAAUUUUGCUUUUAGUGAUUUUACCUUCUAAACGAAUCUUAGUGCACUGGAAGGUAAUUGACUUUUUUUCAAGAAAUAACAUAUAUUUUAGUCUUGGUUAAGAAAUACAGUUUGAAACAAGCAAAAAGAUCUGCCAAUGGAAUAAGACACUUAGACAGUAGAUCAAAUUACUUAAAUCAAGCCAAAAUGUACACAAUACACAAAAUGGCUGUGUAAGAGAGAGAAAAAAACAGUGUACUUUUAGUGUUUAAGUGUAUAGUGUGAGUUUAUAUAUUUUGUCGAGGGUAAAACUGUGGUAAAUCUGAACCGUUGUUUCUGUUGUACAAUGCCCUGCAUGAUUCCAUUCAGCAGUUUAAUGAUAUGCAGUUUUAAAAUCACAUUAUAGGCCCAAGACUUUAGACCUCAGAAUUCUGGUAAAACUGUGUGUGAGGCAUCAGGCAGUUGGAUUAUUAACUAUUAGAGGUCAUUUUUUCUGUGAAGAAUAAAUAUAUACAGUUUUAGAGCUUCAGCCCUCUGCUUUCAUUCACCUCUACGGUCAAACAGAACAGUGUUUUACACCAAACCUCACUCAGAAUGACUGUUUACAACUUAAAGGGAGAAAUCCUGUGUCAAAUUCACUUGGUUUAUAGUGAAACAUGGUAACGAGUAUGAGCUUUUGUUGAAUAGCCCACCUCCUUUCUCCCCCAGUAUUCCCAAAUAUAGUGCUUUGAGCCGAUGCUCCCAGAAGGCUAACGAUGCUAGUAGUAAGGGUAUACCCAUGCAAAGAAAUCACUAUUUUUUACACCAUUAACAAACUCAAAGUAUCUCCACACUUGAUUAAGGCCUUGACAUUUAAAAUGAGGAACUGAACUAAAAUGAGAGCUUUGAAAGUGCACAGUUAGUUUAUUAAAACACUGUUUAUACACAGAGUUCAUUAAGACAGUUCUCCGGACGACGCCAUCUUGAAAUUAAUAUGAUGAUAAUUUGACUGAUGGGCACAAUUGAAUAGGUAAGAUAAGGGGAACAGAUAUUCAGUGAAAAAAGCAUGAAUAUUAAAAAUACUUUCAACAACUGUAACAGCUAAAAUUCAUGCACUCCUAUAGAGUUCAUUUCUGUUAAUGGUGUACAAAUAGUUAGCAUUGGUAAUGUUAUGCCCCCAUUACUAGUAUUGUAAGCCUGUUGGAAGCAUUGGCUAAAAGCACUGUAUUUCGGGAAUGCUGGGGGAGAACAUAGGUAGGCCAUUCGACAAAUCUUUGUACUCAUUAUCAUGUUUCAUUACAAUCCAAGACCAUUUCACACCAGAGUUCAACUUAAACUAUUAAAUUAUGCAGUAAUUUAAAUUCUUCUUUAAUCUCUAAUCAGAAAAGCAGCACAUUCUGCAGGCUUUCCUCUUACAGUAUUUCAUCGGUUGUUUCACUGAUUUUAUGCCUUUUCACUGUUCUUACACAGUUCUCCUUUAAUCAGUCUUCAUUUUUCUUUUUUUUGUAUGUUUAUGAAAAUUGCUGUUUUACUUUAUCUGAAAGUUGUUUUUAUUUUAUAUUUUGUAAGAAUGAAACCUUGUGCAUUAUGUGUGUGUGUGUGUGUGUGUGUGUGUGUGAGUGUGAGGAGAGGUGUUGUGUUGGACUGCCCAACAGUGAUUUUUUUUGUGCAUGUUCAUUGUGAAAUAGUUGUAAUCUUGUUAAAAACUUUUUUGACGUUUGCAGACCCUCAAAGCUGUGCUAUUGUAUGCCAAAGGUAUCGCGGUGAGAAACGUUUAGCCGAACUGUGCUUAACACGCACCUGAACACGCACCUGAACACGCGGCAGAGACAACACGAAUCAACCCAGUUACUGCGUACGUGGAGGUGAGGAUAUUAAACAGAAAACACAACAGCCAAUUCACCUGGGGAAAUUUGAUCUAAUUCUACAUUUCUUUAAGCAGAAAUGUUCAUUUUGUGGCCAAUAUGAGUUUGUUGCGGCUGCACAAAUUCGGUUCUGUGCAUCAAAGCCUUACUGUAGAGAUGCUUUGUUCUUUUAUUAUUAUUACUGAUAAAUUGUACAUCAAUUAACUACGGCUUAAUCACUUUAUAUACUGUUGAUCAACUGCUAAGUUUUUGAAAUCAGUUCAAUUAAAAAUGUCAGUGAUUCACCUGAAUAUCUGCACUGUCACACAAAAAACAUUCUUCACUUUUUGACAUAAUGAGAAUCUUUUCAUUUAUAUUGUAUCAGAAUUUCAUAAAAAAUGGACCAAUACCAAGGCUGCAAAAUGUAGGGAUUUCAUUCCAUUUAAUUUCUUCAACACUUUCUUGUUAAAAUAACAGUAGUAAAAUGAAAAAUAUGUAUGUACAGUAUCUUAAAGCCACUAGGGAAAAAAAUGUUAAGCUAACAUUUUAGCUGUUAGCUUAUGUUUUUUCUCAGAUAUGUGCUUUUAAACUGUGUUAUUAGUAUUAAUGUCAGUAUUUGAUUCUAGGUUUUGGUUUAAUUUAAGUUGCCAAAUAGUGACACUGAAGCGUAACUAGUGGCACAUUCCAUUCAUUUACAGCUAUAAAAAAUAAAAUAUUUUCGGUUAUAUAAAACAACAUUUUAUUAAACACACCUGCACAAAAAAGGCUAGAACAGUAAAAAUUAAAAUUCAAAAUCAUUUUUAGCAAUUUUAUUCGUCUAUUUCUCAUGAAAUCUGAUAAAAUAUUACGAAAAAUUUUCAGACUUACAUUAUGUCAAAAAAGUGGGAAAUGCAAAAAUGGAGACACAAGGUUUUAGCGUGACAGUGAAUUGUAUACAACAUUACGCUAACAGCAGCCAUCUUGUAGCAGCAGCAUUGACAGACAUCAGCUCUGAAAACUCCAUUUCAUAUGGGAUUAGGAUUACCAUACGGUGGUCAUUUUGAUACUCUCUUUGCCAGUUGUGGUCACUGUGAAAUGAGCUGUGCAACAUUUAGCCUUUGGUAAUACAAAAUAAUUUAUACAAAAGUACUCUUUUUCAUUUUUUUUAAAAACAACGUGAUUGCAUAUUUGCCACUGAUAACAUUUUUCAUAAAUAAUUAUAAAGCGCUGCAAAGACAACAAACAGUAUCUCUUAAAAUUACAAAAUUACAGUCCGUCAACAAAUACGCUCCAGUCUUCAGCACGGCAGGGGCUAAAGCCUCGCUCACCCGGCUGCUUUCACAGUGUGUGUCUGUCCCAGCAUCCUUUUCAGCAACUUUAGCCUGGCUUUCAGAGUUUCGUAGCGGUCGUAUUCCGCCGCCAUGGGAACCCGGUCCUCUCUCUGUGCGCUCCUGCAGUAAAGAAUAGAAAAAAUAGAGAGAGAGGGAUCUAUAAGCGGCACUCGUUUGCUCGUCGUUAUUGCCUUACUCCGAUAGCUGUGUAUAGAGACGAUUCAGACUGAACCUUUAAACAAGCUGUACAUACUGUAUGUAUUAUACAAAGAAGCCACCCUGUCUGUUUAAACAUAUCUAUCCAUCUAUCUAUCUAUCAAUCUCUCCUCCUCCUUCUCUCUGGGUGGUGGGCUUCACACCGUCAUAUCCUUUGGCAGUUGCUGUUCUGUGAAUGUUUUUUUCUGUUUUGAGUUACUUGAUGUGUUCCUGAAACAAACAAAAACAACUAAUGUGACUGUUCAAUAAAAGCUAUGUCUGAAUGAGA